CGACACAUGCAUAAACAACAUCGUCAAGAGCCCCCAGUUUCACAGACCUCUACAAUUGUCAAUUCGAUAAGCCCAUCUUCUAUUUCUUCAUCAAAAUACCCAUCAAUCAAUCUUCCUAAAAUCAUAAUCCCAACUCAAGAAAAUCAGCAAAUUUAUCAGAUGGGUUUACUGGAUUUGGAAAAACACUUUGCUUUCUACGGAGCAUACCACAGCAACCCAAUAAAUAUUUUUAUUCAUAUGUUGUUCGUUUGGCCAAUCUUUUUCACUGCUCUUGUUCUUUUCUAUUUUACACCUCCUUUAUUCAAGAAUUCCCCAAUUGUUUUGUCUGAUCAUAUUGUAUUGGUCUUCAAUUUUGGGUUCUUUGUCACUGUAAUUUAUGCCUUGUUCUAUAUGAGUUUGGAGAAGAAAGCUGGCUUUUUGGCUGCUUUGCUUUGCUUUUUCUGUUGGGUUGCAAGCAGUUCUGUUGCAAAUCGUCUGGGAUAUUCUUUGGCUUGGAAGGUUGUCCUGGCAUCUCAGAUAUUCUGCUGGACUGGACAGUUCAUAGGCCAUGGCGUAUUUGAGAAACGAGCACCUGCUCUUUUAGACAACCUGGCUCAAGCGUUCCUGAUGGCGCCUUUCUUUGUACUGCUGGAGGCUCUGUCAUUCUUUGGCUAUGAACCAUACCCAGGGUUCAACGCUCGGGUUAAAGCAAAAAUUGAUGCUGAAAUCAAAGAAUGGAAGGAGAAGAAAAAUUCCUGAAUUGCACAAGUUCAUACUGAAAUAGUACACUUUCUGUUCCCUACUCUUAUGCAUCGUUCACAUACACUUCUGUUGUAUCGUCUCAGAAUGUCUAUAUAUUAAAUCGUGUAACAAACACCAUUGUGUGAUUUCAUACAAAAGUGUUAUGCUCAAAGUAUUCUCCCA